GCAGGCUGUAACCACUACUGGCCUGAAGUCAGCGAAACAUUUGUUCAUCAGUACCAUCACCAACCCUCGUGGCUCUUGUCGACCGGCGCCAGCAGAUCAUGACCUCGACGGAGGGAGUCGGUAUGGACCACACCUCCGAAUCCACCCCGCUCCUUUCGCAUCAUGCUCCAAACGGGCGGAUUCCAGCCAGGCUGCAGCGGCGCGUGCAGGUGCUCCUCUGCGUCUUCGCAUUCAUAAUGAUGCUAGGAGAUAACCUCCAGCCCGCGGCGCUGACGCAGGUGAUGGAGGACGCGAUCUGCGACGACUACUACGCGCGACACAUCUCCGUGGCCACCACCGGGGAGACGAGCGAUCGAUGCAAGGUGCACGCCGUGCAGAUGGAGCUGGCGCAGGUACGUGGCUACCAGCAGCUGGUGCCGUUGUUCGCGGCGCUGGUAUGCACGGUGCCGUACGGGCUGCUGGCGGAGCGGAUCGGGCGCAAGCGGGUGCUGGUGCUGAGCGGCGCCGGGGUGUGCGCGGCGCUGGGCUGGGUGCUGGCCGUGUGUUUCUGGCGGUUUGCGAGCGUGCGCUGGGUGUGGCUGUCCGGCGCCUUUCUCUUCGUCGGCGGCGGCGACGCCGUCACCUCCAGCCUCGUGCAUAUCAUGGUCACCGACGUGACGGGCCCCGCGGAGCGCGCCCAGAUCUUCCUGUUCCUCCAUGCCGCCGACGUGCUCGCCGGCUUCUGCGGGCCUGCUAUCAGCGCCGCCCUCAUGGAGAAAGGCCACGUCUGGACGGUGCUGCUGCUGGCCGCUGCCGCCCUUCUCGCCGGUACCUUCCUGCUGACACCCUUCAUCCCUGAAACCCUGGCCUUCCGGACCGACGCCGGGGGUCCCGCUGCAUCGCCCGCCGCCCGGAUCGAUCCAUCCUCGGAACCCAUCACCAAGCCCACUUCCAUCUGGGAUCGCAUCUCCCGGGUACUUGCCCCCGCCCUGACCCUGACCUCGAACCGCCAAGCGCUGUUACUGCUGGGCGUAUUCGCCCCGCAAACCGCCGCACGCGACCUCUUCACGAUGGUCGGCCUGCAGUACUCGCGGGCGAAGUUCGCGCUGCCCUACGGGAGGGGUAACGUGCUCCUGUCAGUGUUUCAGGGCGCCCAGGGGCUGGUCGUGCUUGUGCUUUUGCCGUUCAUCACGCGGUGGGUCGCGGACCCGCGCGGAUGGACGCCGUGGGCGCGCGACCGCCGCUACGCCAUCGUGUCGGUGGUGCUGACAGCCGCCGGACUGAUGGUGAUUGCGAUGGCGCCGGGGCUAGUCGUCGAGGCAGCUGGGCUGCUGCUGGUGGCGUGUGGGAGCUGCACGACGGGGCUGUUGAUGAGCUUGCUGGGUGGCGCCGUGCACCCGAGCCAGGUGAGUACCGUGUACAGCGCCGCGCUGAUGCUGAGCAUCGUGGUCUCAAGUGUGGCUGGGCCAGUUGCGAAUGCGCUGCUGGUCGAGGGUUUGGUGCUUGGGUGGGUGUGGAUGGGGUUGCCGUUUGCUGUUGCGGCGGUGGGGAUGGCGGGCGUGGCCGUUGCGGGUUUGGCUAUCAAGGCGGAGAAGCCUGAGGUUUCGGGGGAUGGUGAGGGUGAGGACGAGGGUUACUAGAUGCCUGUCUAAACUAUUACUGCAGGGUUGCGUUGACGGUUAGUCUUAAACGCGCGGAC